UAUGAAUCUGAAUGAGGAGAAGCAGCGGCCGCUGAGGCAGAAGGAUAUCGUCAUCAAGAGAGAGAUGGUGUCUCAGUACCUGCACACCUCCAAUGCUGGUAAGAGUCAGAAGGAGAGCUCGAAGUCAGCGCUGAUAUACAUCCAGGAGCUGAAGACCGAUCUGAGAGACACACAGUUACUGAGCUGCCUGGAGUCACUGCGUGUGUCAUUAAACAACAACCCCGUCAGUUGGGUCCAGACGUUUGGAGCCGAGGGUUUGGCUUUGCUUCUGACAUUCCUCAAGAAACUUCAAGACGAGAGAGAAGAACCUUUGAAUGCUGGGAUUGGUGUAAAAUGUCAACAUGAGAUCAUUCGAUGUCUCAAAGCGUUCAUGAACAACAAGCACGGUCUCAAAGCCAUGCUGACGUCAGAAGAAGGAAUCCCUCUCCUCGUCCGAUCCAUCAAUCCAAACGUCCCGCACAUGAUGGUGGAUGUAGUCAAACUGCUGUCUGCCAUCUGUAUCCUCGAGCAUCCAGGAAACACGUGAGUGUGAAGCUGAAAGCAGAAGCUGUGUUCACAAACUCAACAGUGUAUUCAAAUGGCAUUUCAAUA